CGAAAAAAUUAAAAAUUAAAAAAUGAAAACACUCAAUCUCCCAUGUUUCCUAUCCCUAUUUUAUUUGUUCGUUUGUGUGGUCAGAUCCCAGAAUGUCCUUGACAUAACAACAUUGGGUGCAAAGCCUAAUGGAGAUGCAACACAGGGUUUGGUGGCUGCCUGGAAACAAGCAUGUGCAGCAGCAGCACCAACAAAGAUAUUAGUGCCUGCAGGAGAUUACAUGCUAAACGCUAUCAAAUUUACAGGUCCAUGCAAGUCCCCUGUUACUAUUGAAAUUGCUGGAAACUUCAAAGCCCCAGCAGACCCAGCCCAAAUGAAAGGAGAAGACACAUGGGUUAAAAUCGAAAACAUCCAAGGUCUUACCGUCAAUUGUCUCCCCACUGGAGGUACUUUCGAUGGCCAAGGACAAAUGGCUUGGAAGCAGAACAAUUGUGCUAAGACCGGCACUUGCGACAACCUUCCUUACAACUUUAGGUUCAACAGCCUGACCAACAGUAAGAUAAGCGGGAUCAAAUCAUUAAAUAGCAAGCUAUACCACAUGGGAGUUUUGAGUUGCAAAAACUUUACACUAUUCGAUACCACCAUCGAAGCACCAAAAGACAGUCUUAACACAGAUGGUAUCCAUAUCGGACGUUCCGCAGGGAUUUUUGUCACCAAAGCAAAGAUCGGUACAGGAGAUGAUUGUAUCUCCAUGGGUGAUGGAGCCGUUGAUGUUCACAUCGAGGACGUUACCUGUGGACCUGGUCAUGGUAUCAGCAUUGGAAGUCUUGGUAGGUAUGAUAAGGAGGCUCCCGUCACUGGUGUCACUGUUAAAAAGUGCACCAUUAGCGACACUGAGAAUGGUAUUAGGAUCAAGUCUUGGCUCAACUCAUUCGUGGCUACUGCUUCAGACCUUCAUUUCGAGGACAUUACCGUCAAGAAUGUGUUAACCCCUAUUCUUAUUGAUCAAGAGUAUUGCCCUUACAACCACUGCAAGGCCAAGACACCAUCUAAGGUUAAGCUCAGCAACAUCAGUUUCAAAAACAUCAGGGGAACUGCAGGUUCCAAAGAGGCAGUCAAGAUUUUGUGCAGCAGUGGAGCUCCUUGUGACAAGGUCGAACUCGCCGACAUCGACUUGACCUUCUCCGGUGGCCCUGUUGUCUCAAUGUGUAAGAACGUAAAGCCCAUCACCUCUGGCAAACAAAACCCAGUUGCUUGUGGUGCACCUGCCCCAGCUGGCCCCUAAAUAAAUUAACAAAAAAAAUUUGUUGACAUGAAAUAACUGCUUUACUUACUCAAAUUUUGUAAAUAACAUCAACUAAUUAAGUUGUAUGAUUUUGUCCCCUGCCCCACUUAUAUCUUGGGAUGUGUGGUGUAGUAAUUUUCUUAGGCUCGUUUUUGCUGACUUGGAUCAGUAUAAUUGUAAUGAGUAUAUUUACCGAGAAUCACAAUAAGAAAACUUGGUUAUCAUA